GGCUGCUAUCCUGCAUUAUAGAGCUUUAAUUCCUGGGUGAGCGUGCAAUAUCUGAAUUCACUGAAGAGCUAAUGGGUGCAAGCAAGUUGUAUGGACAUGACCUUCACCACCAGGAUGAAUUAGGAAAAACCUAAAUCCUCCUAGCUCCCUGGCUGUGCUACCUGCUGUUCCCUCCCUGAUUACCAGUCAGUAGCCUCACCUCUUCCCACCCGAAGGAAGGAAGCCAUCCAGCAAGUCACAAAUGACAGCUGAAAAGUGAAGUAUCAAAAGCUGUGUGAGACACUCCCAAAGAGAAAAAAUUUAUAAUACUUACUCUCUGAGUCUGGCAAACUGUGUAUGACACCAAUUCCAAAGAGCAGAGAGAAGAUAUGUUCAAGUAACCGAUACCAGAAAUUGCACAAAUACAUACGCAUACCUUAGAGAAUUUACACGCUCAUCUACAGCAUUUAGAAAUCUACAUUCAGAAUGGAUGAUGGAUACAGAAAUACAAACCUCUAUCAAGGGGGCAGGGAGACAAACCAAGUCUCGGAUGACUAUAGGUACCAGGAUGGUAACUAUGAAGGUUAUGUACCCAAUGAUGGCUACUACCGUGGUGGGGAYGAACCUGCUCAUGAAGAAGAUGCCCAGAGUGAUGUUACAGAGGGCCAUGAUGAAGAUGAUGAGGUCUAUGAGGGGGAGUACCAGGGAAUCCCACACCCAGAUGACAUUAAAGCCAAGCAGAAGAAGAGAGCCCCUGCAGUGGAUGAUGAGUACAGAGACCGUGCCGACCUCAUGGCCGAGAGGAUGGAGGAUGAGGAGCAGCUUGCCCACCAGUAUGAGAACAUCAUUGAGGAGUGUGGCCACGGACGCUUCCAGUGGACACUUUUCGUUGUCCUAGGGCUGGCGCUGAUGGCAGAUGGAGUGGAGGUGUUUGUGGUUGGAUUUGUUCUGCCCAGUGCRGAGAAGGAUAUGUGCUUAUCCAGUUCAAACAAGGGGAUGCUCGGCCUGAUAGUCUACCUAGGAAUGAUGGUGGGGGCUGUCGUAUUGGGUGGCCUAGCUGAUAAACUGGGAAGGAAGAAAUGCCUCAUCAUAUCACUUGCAAUCAAUGCUGCCUUCGCUUUCCUUUCCUCCUUCGUCCAGGGAUACGGAUUCUUUCUCUUUUGCCGCCUUAUCUCUGGCCUCGGUAUUGGGGGAUCUCUCCCCAUYGUGUUUGCCUAUUUCUCUGAAUUCCUGUCUCGGGAGAAGAGAGGAGAACACCUGAGCUGGCUGUGCAUGUUCUGGAUGAUUGGUGGCAUUUUUGCUUCAGCGAUGGCCUGGAGCAUCAUUCCACAUUAUGGCUGGGGUUUCAGUAUGGGAACCAAGUACCACUUCCACAGCUGGAGAGUCUUUGUGCUUGUCUGCUCUCUGCCCUGCAUCGCUUCUCUGGUSGCACUGAAAUUCAUGCCUGAAAGCCCACGUUUUUUGCUGGAGAUAGGAAAACACGAUGAAGCCUGGAUGAUCCUAAAGCAAGUUCAUGACACCAACAUGAGAGCCAAGGGCGAGCCAGAGAGGGUAUUUACGGUUUCCUAUAUCAAAACUCCAAAGCAAGUAGAUGAAUUUAUUGAAAUCCAGAGCUCUACAGGCACCUGGUAUCAGCGAUGGCUGGUCAGAAUCACGACCACUUUCAAACAGGUCUGGGACAAUGUGCUAUAUUGUUUAACAGCCCAGUACAGGAUGAACACACUGUUUCUGGCUGUGGUUUGGUUUACAAUGGCCUUAAGUUACUAUGGCCUUAUCGUCUGGUUCCCUGACAUGAUUCGGUAUCUGCAAGAAGAGGCAUAUGAAUCUCGCGUGAAAAUUUUUGAAGAGGAAGAAGUGUCACAUUUCACCUUUAACUUCACUCUGGAAAACCAAAUUCACAGAAAUGGGGAGUAUAAAAAUGACAAAUUUAUUGGCAUGAAAUUCAAGGAGGUGAGAUUUGAGGACUCCUUGUUUGAGGAUUGCUACUUUGAAGAUGUGACAUCCAGUGAGACCUUCUUUGAAAACUGCACCAUCAUGUCCACUGUCUUUUAUAACACAGAUCUCUACGAACACAAAUUCAUCAACUGCAGGCUUAUAAACAACACUUUUCUGAAGCAGAAGGAAGGCUGUCACCUGGACUUCGAGGAGGACAAUGACUUCCUAAUUUAUCUGGUCAGCUUCUUGGGCAGUCUGUCCGUGCUGCCAGGGAACAUCAUCUCUGCACUUCUCAUGGACAAAAUAGGGAGAAUCAAGAUGAUUGGCGGCUCCAUGCUGAUCUCCGCAGUGUGCUGCUUCUUUCUCUUUUUUGGCAACAGCGAGUCGGCAAUGAUUGGCUGGCAGUGCCUGUUCUGCGGGGCCAGCAUUGCCGCCUGGAACGCCCUGGAUGUGAUCACCGUUGAGCUCUAUCCCACCGACAAAAGGGCAACAGCCUUUGGCAUCCUCAAUGGGCUUUGCAAGUUUGGUGCCAUCCUGGGCAACUCAAUCUUUGCCUCCUUCGUUGGGAUAACCAAGGUGGUUCCCAUUCUUCUGGCUUCCUCUGCUCUGGUUGGAGGUGGCCUGCUAGCUUUGCGCCUACCAGAGACUCGAGACCAGGUCCUGAUGUGAGCAAGCGAGGCCAGGGGGACAAGGGGGGUAAAGAACAACAAGAGCCAUGUUUAGAAAAAGCAAAAUGUCCAAUUGUACAGUGCUCUGUCGAUACCUCAAAGAGAGAGGGCAGGGGAAAGAAGAACCCAGAGGGAUAAACCCUAACCCCUAAUUUCUGACCCUUUUCAAGCUGCGAUGGGUGCAUGCAGCUAUGGCACACGCACUGSAGAGCUUGGCUGUUCGUGUUUCAUCUUGCCUGCACUGGGGCAAGUUCUUCUGUCUUUCCCUGUCCAUUCYGGUGUGGUGACAGAGGUUGCGAACAGCUUUGUGCACUUGCGGGCGUGCGUGUGCCUGGUGGGAGAACGGAUCCCGACGCCCGUGCGCCUUUGCCGAGCUGGGGGAUGCUGCCUGUCUUGCCAGGCUCUCCCUGGCAGUUUGCAAAGCCAUGUUUGGGUACAAGUGACAGAAUGGAGGCAGUGAACAAACCAGCUCGAGGGGAGACCCGGCAGCAGGGCCAAGAGCUCCAAAUGGUGACUGUARCGCUCUUGGUUUUCCAGUUACCAUCUGAACCAACAGAAAGAGUCUUCAUUGUUGGAGGCAGUAGGGAUGUGUGCUCAGCUCUUCUCUGAAGAUGCCAGGUCUCAAAGCGCUUUUUUGUCUUCACUUGAGCAUGCAGAAUCACUAGGCACUUUCCAGGUCUAGGAGAGAGAUAUAUACAUAAUUUUAUAUUUCUAUAUAUGUGUAUUUACACAUACUUGCAUACAUAUGCACACUGUAGUGGUCAGCCAUUGAAAUAUGUAAUUUUUCAUUUUUGCGUCUUUAAGAAGACCUUAAAAGAUAGACUAAAAACUAAUCUCACUAAAUCAAGAUUAUCUGGAGUGAUGACUAUUUUAGAGAUACAUUGUUCUUCAUAGCCAGACACCAAAUAUAUAACUGUAUUGAUCACUGGGAGUUUAUAUUUCUGUGAUGGUUAAGAUUUUUUUCCUACCAACUUUCAUGGAGGAGAAACAGAUAUGGGGUUGGAGCAUUCAGCAAACCAAAUGUGUACAUACUUUCAAGUGUAAAUAGGGGACAUUUUCUCUAAUAUCUAGAAUAUGCUAGGAAUUUACCAGCAUUUUAGCCAUAUUAGUUAAAGGAUAUGAUGUUUGAUUUUCUUAUAUAUUUGGGUCUCAUUGAAAAACUCUAAGCACAGUAACUUACAGCCAUUUAACUUGUUAUAGAGAGAAUGCACAUGGCAAGCUUUCAUUGUACAGAGCAUUAAAUCUCUAUUAAGUAUGAUGAUUAAGUUUGAUAUGCUGUAAAGAUCGUCUUUUAAAUGAUAUGGCCUUUUUAUCAUAUGAUUUCAAUUCUGUUGCACCUUAGAAGCAAGAUGAAUCAUGCAUUUUUUGAUAUAUUUUAUUGGAAAGCAAGAGCAAAAUGCAUACUAUUAAACAAAAUAUCCAUGCUCACAAUUGCCUAGAUAAUUCUAAUUAUACCCUCCUAGCAAACUCAGUAUAAGACUAGAAUUGACCAGAAACUGUCACAUAAUGCAGGGAAUUUAUCUCAAUGAGAGUUUUUUGAGACAUGAAAAGGUUUAGACUUCUGCUAGUGAUCUUCGAAGACUGAAGUGCUGCAGGUCUGAAGCCUAAAACCUGCCCUUACCUGCACAGAGACAGUCAAAUAUACUGUAACUCGUACUAGGGCCAGCCCCAGACAGCUGUGGAAGUUGGUCUCAGCACCACUGUAGAGGACAGAAGGGUAUAGAAUGCCAUUAGACUGCAAGAAGCAAGUCCUUGCCAAUGACACCAGUUCUCCAGAAAGCAUCGCUCUUUUGCCAUCCCAUCCAUCAGUGAUAAGAUUAUCCCCAAUAGACUAUUGGGGAUUUUAGAGAUUUAGUCUGAGGUUUAUGGAAUUGAUAAAUCAUGAGCUGUUGUCAUAACUAGGCUUAUUAUGCCUCAUUUCAUCAUUUUAUGGGUAACUUAGGGCUUUAUUUGAUCUGCCUUCAAAACAGCAAGGUUCCUUCUCUAAGGCAGGAAUAAGUACAAUUACGUCCUCUUUGUCUGGCAGCAGUUCACAGCUUCUUUUGAGAAUCACAUUCCAGCAAGUGUGUGUUUGUCUCAAACGUCUUGUCUUUUAAAUAGUGAGAAGCAGAUAAAUAUUUUGACACUACAAAGAUGAUCAUAGCCUUUACGUUUCUGUUGGGCUGCUGAUGGCAGUUACCACACUGGAUUGGAGGAGAAAAAAAAGUUUCAUCUCCUAGAUUAUUGUGGCAUACUGUUCUGUGGUGCCAUAACUCAUCCUUAUUUAUUUUGCUAACUGCUCUUAGGUGUGCUGAGACAGUAAACCUGACUAUUUGUGUUUUCUGGUGACAUUGUGCAAUGACUCUAGUGGCAUUA